GGAACAUUGCCAUGUGAACUUAGGUGAUACCCAGGGUGAGUCAUCCGUAAAAUGUGGCGCUGGACCCCACUGCAGUGCCACUCCCCUCUAUGUGGCUGCACCAGUGACAAGACUCUGGACUGAGAUGAGCUGCUGCCCAUUGGCCCCACUUUAGGUUACCCAGACAGCCCAGGCACAAAAAAGGAAAGCAACACUUGAAUUGGAGGUCUUGUUAUGACGCAUGCUUUUUCUUUUUCUUUUUGCUCUUUCCUCUAUUCACCAAACAACAUUUAGACAUUUUGAACAUAAAAACAUCAUACAUCAUAAUCGAAAAUAACCAAUCCAACAAGCAACAUAAAUUUUGGUACUUGACUUUUAACCCUUAGCCUCCAACUUGUGACCAGAUCCUUGUUCUCUGCCUUUUUAGUCGCUAUCCCCCACCUUCCAUGAACUAUUUACCCAAUCUACUAUUUAUUUACACAUCUGAACCCUUGACCAACUUUUCUUCUUCCUCCCUGAAGUCUCCUUGGUGAUACCAACAAUCUGAAAUCUUCAUCUGGACAACAUGUUUGUCCUCAAAAAUGUGGGCAAACUAAUCUUUGGGAGCAGCAGCCAGGAAUCUAUGAUCGAGCUGCCCCAAGGCCAACUCUACCUUGUCCGACCCUUAUCACCCAAAGGGUAUUCUGAAUUGAUUUUCAAAGACUCUACCGCUCGCAUCCGUCGCACCGGCCAAGACUACCAAUACCAGCUCGUUAUCCAGAGAGUUUAUGAGGAAGGCGAGGCUGAGUUGCUAGAGGACUCGGAAGGUGAAGACGAAGACCUUAAUGCACUAGCUGCCGAGAAGGACGAGAAGACGUUCCUACUUGACGAAGCUCUUCAUUUCCGUGUUGAAAACAGAGAAAGCUCGCAAAAGGUGCUUGCUUGGAAAGAUUUGAGCGGCGACGUUGGCGACGUGUACGAGUUCGUCUGCGACCCUUCGAUCAAGUCUGCGCAAGUUGAGGCUUUUGAGCGCAUCGCGAGAGAGUGCCAAUACGAGCGCAAGUAUCGAAAGCCACACUCCACUGCCUCUGAAGCCGACCUUCAGCAGUUUGAUUUCGAAGAACAGCCUAUCCCACAGGCGAGCCCCAUUCACAGCCCAACUUUAGCACGCUCCAUCGAUUCAUCCGACGCCAUGUUCCAGUUAAAGAACGAGGCGAAUGCCGGUAUCAAGCGCGAUAGUACGCUAUCUGCGUCUUCAGUUCUCGCGGAACCGGAACCGGAGGCCUAUGAGGAUGAUGCCCAAAGUCAAGCCGAUACACGAUCGGGUAAGCAGGCUGGCCCCCCAAAGGCACCAGCCCAACCCGAGCCGCUGGAGGUAUUUGCAAUGGAAAUUGGUGAACUCCACUUCUUUGAUUUUCCUUCAGGGGCCUUCGUUCUCCAAGAUACAGCGGUUACUGCUCAGGUAUCAGAUAUUGGCAACUGGAACUACUGGUUGCAUAUCGCCAGCAACGACCGCCAGUGGCUUGGCAUUCCCGUAGUUGCGGACAUCAACCCUGUCUUCAACUUCGAAUUCCUCUCCUUCAUCUUUAACCAAUUCACCGAGGACGGUUCUGCGUACUCGUGGUUGUUGAGAUUUAAAGACAAUAAGACGCUCGAAAGAUUUCAGGAUGGUUUGAUGAGGGCACUAUGGGAACAGCUGAAUGAAGUGAAGUGGAAUAAGAUCAAAGAGCAAGAGCGUCAAUACGUCAUGGAUGCAUUUGAGGAUCUAAACAUGAAGGAUGCUCCAAUCGAGGAGGAGGAAGAGGAGGAGCCGGAAGUUGAAGAAGCUGAGGAUGAUGCGCCGCAAAGCGAGCAUUAUGACAGCGACGAAGAGGAAGAAGACGUUGAAACAGGACCUAAGGACACUUAUACUAACUCUGCUCUUGCUGUUGGAUACAAACACGACCGCUCGUUCGUCGUUCGAGGCCCCAAGAUCGGCGUGUUUAAACAUACACCUAAGAAUCACCUGGAAUUCACGACCAAUAUUUCCAAGGUUGAGACUCCCAAGGGCGCUUCUUUCGUCCCCAAGAAGGUCAUGCUCCACAACGAAGAUCGUAAUCUAAUCUUACAGAACGAUACAGACCCCAACAAGUUGUAUCGUAUGGAUCUCGAGUACGGAAAGGUUGUCGACGAGUGGAAUGUUCAUGACGACAUCCCGGUUGUGACUUUUGCGCCGGAAAACAAAUUUGCGCAGAUGACCCAUGAACCAACCUUCCUAGGUAUCUCUCGUAAUGCUCUAUUCCGUGUCGACCCUCGUCUAUCAGGCACCAAGCUUGUCGACUCCCAGCUCAAGCAAUACGUGUCAAAGAACGACUUCUCUUCCAUAUCUACGACAGAAAAGGGAUAUGUAGCCGUCGCCUCGAAUAAGGGUGAUAUUCGUCUUUUCGAUCGUUUGGGCAUUAAUGCAAAGACUGUUAUUCCAGCACUUGGAGAGCCUAUUAUUGGUCUUGAUGUGUCUGCAGACGGACGCUGGGUACUAGGAACCUGCCGUACAUACCUGCUUCUCAUUGAUGCACUCCAGAAGGAUGGCAAAAACAGUGGCAAGCUAGGUUUCGAGAAGCCGUUCGCUGCGGAUUCGAAACCUCAACCUCGCCGUCUCGCCUUAACCCCUGAGCAUAUCGCCCAAUUCCAUCAUGAAACUGGUAAGGGUGUGUCGUUUACACCUGCACGAUUCAAUACUAGCAAGACAAACGAGGAGUCGUCCAUCAUCACUGCUACAGGCCCGUACAUCAUCGAUUGGAACCUUGAUAAGGUCCUUCGUGGUUCCAAGGCCCCGUAUAUCAUCAAACGCUACGAGGACAACGUCAAAGCAGACGACUUCAAGUUUGGCACUGACCAGAAUGUCAUUGUCACCCUACCUAACUGGGUGAACAUGGUCGGAAAGCAGUCUCUCAAGCGGCCCACGAGAGAAAGCAUCGCGGGAGACUUUCAACGGUUGGGUACACCAAGACGAAGCUCGGCACGAAUUGGCACACGAGAGAGUGGAAGGUACAAGCUCGGCAAGGAAGACGUAGUCAACUCACCCUUUUAGUCAAAUAUUCUACGAAUGCGUCGACUUGAUAUCGAGCUAUCGCGAAUGGCUAUGCGAGUUACCUUUAUGCCCUCUUUUUCUUUAAUUUUCUUUGUUGCGAUGAGGUCACAGCUUGUCGUGUUGUAAGCCAGCUUGCGCUCUUCUUACGAUACAUACCCCCCAGGCGUUCAAGGCAAGGCAAGGAGAGGUGUUGAUUCAUUCACACGGAGCCAGCCAUUUAGGCUUAGGAUGAGAUACCUGGGUCGUUUUUUCACAUGAUAUUCAUGAUUUCACCUACUAAGUAGUCUAACCUAGAUAGGUACUAGAUAGUUAGAUAGGAACUUAUUCAAUCCUCAGCUUAUUGCUGCUUAACAGUCCAUGA